GGGCGGCGCCGCCUGGGGCCCAACGACUUUGAGCUGCUGCGCGUGGUGGGGCAGGGCGCGUUUGGCAAGGUGUUCCAAGUGCGCAGGCGGGACACGGGGGAGAUCUUCGCCAUGAAGGUCAUGCGCAAGGACCGCGUGCUGGAGCGGGACCACCGGGACUACGUCAAGGCUGAGCGGGACGUGCUCACCGCGGUGGUGCACCCGUACAUCGUCACCCUGCGAUACUCCUUCCAGACCCCCAAGAAGCUCUACCUGGUGCUGGACUUCAUCAACGGCGGCCACCUGUUCUUCCAGCUGUACCGCGCGGGCACGUUUGACGAGCCGCUGGCGCGCCUGUACUGCGCCGAGAUCGUGCUGGCCAUCGCCCACCUCCACUCCCUGGGAUUUGUGCACAGGGACCUGAAGCCCGAGAACGUGCUGCUGGAUGGGGAGGGGCACGUGCGCAUCACAGACUUUGGGCUG